AUGACGAUGACUUGUACCAAAGCAAUUCAAGAAUGGGAAGCGCGCACAGGGCAGCGUGCAGCAGAAGCAUCAGAAGUCAAACUAAUCUGCUGGAACCCGCCAAUCAACAAGAUGGACCAAGGUUUAUCUCAACUUAUUAACUGCCGCAAGUUAUCAUUAUCAACUAAUUCAAUCGAAAAAAUAAUGAACUUGUCCAACCUAAGAAGCCUUGAAAUUUUAUCAAUAGGUAGAAACCAAAUAUUCUCUAUAUAAUAUUCAGCAAACUUAAAAUAAAUUAAUAUAAUUUCGCUUAUAGAAAUAGAGAAUUGGCUACUAUAUUGAUAUAAAUAUUUAUUAUUAGAAAUUAUAAGAAAAAUAUCUGGGCUUGAUGAAGUCGGAGGGACACUUAAAGAGCUUUGAAUUUCUUACAAUAUGAUUGAAAAACUAGAUGGACUUCAAAACUGUGUAAGGCUUGCUACACUUUUUAUAUCAAACAAUAAAAUCAAAAACUGGGAAGAAAUUAAUAGGCUUAACCAGCUACAAGAGCUGAGAAACGUCCUUUUGUCUGGAAAUCCUAUUUAUGAUAGCUUCCAAAAUAAAGAUGAUGCGCGACCUAUGGUAAUUAAAAGGUGUCCUCAUAUAGAAGUCCUAGAUGGAGCAAUAGUUUCAGACCAAGUCAGAAGACAAGCAGAAGAGCUAAGAGAUUAG